AUGGCCAAGUCACACCUGCUGCUGUGGCUGCUGCUGCUGCCCGCACUCUGUGGCCCAGGUGCCGCAGCUGUGUGGACCACUUCGUCCCAGGCCUGUGCCCAGGGCCCCGAGUUUUGGUGUCAAAGCCUGGAGCAAGCACUGCAGUGCAGAGCACUGGGGCACUGCCUACAGGAGGUCUGGGGACACGCAGGAGCUGAUGAACUGUGCCAGGAAUGUGAGGACAUCGUCCACACCCUCACCAAGAUGACCAAGGAGGCCACUGUCCAGGACAUGAUGCGGAAGUCCCUGGAGCACGAGUGUGACAUCCUCCCCAUGAAGCUGCUGGUGCCCCAUUGCUACCAAAUAGUGGACCUCUACUUCCCGCUGGUCAUCGACUACUUCCAGAACCAGAUCAACCCAAAGUCCAUCUGUGAGCACCUGGGCCUGUGCAAACCCGGGCAUCCAGAGCCAGGGCAGGAGCCGGAGCUGUCGGACCGUCUGCUGGACAAGCUGGUCUCGGCCGUGCUGCCCCAGGCCCACCAAGCGAGGCCCGGGCCUCAGACACAGGAGCUCUCCGAGCAGCAGUUCCCCAUCCCCCUCCCUAUCUGCUGGUUCUGCAGGACUUUGAUCAAGCGGAUCCAAGCUGUGGUUCCCAAGGGUGUCCUGGCGAUGAGUGUGUCCCAGGUGUGCCGCGUGAUACCCCUGGUGAUGGGCGGCAUCUGCCAGUGCCUGGCUGAGCGCUACACUGCCCUACUUUUGGAUUCUCUGCUGGGCCACAUGCUGCCCCAGAUGGUCUGCGGCCUUGUCCUUCGGUGCUCCAGAAAGGAUGGCUCUGACACGGGCCUUGCCGCUCUGGGGGCGCUGCCGGGAGAAUGGCUGCCACAAGACUCCAAGUGCCACCUCUGCAUGUUCGUGACCACCCAGGCAGGAAACAGCAGUGAGCAGGCCAUGCCACAGGCCAUGCGCCAGGCCUGCCUCAGCUCCUGGCUGGACAGGCAAAAGUGCGAGCAGUUUGUGGAGCAGCAGUCCUCGCAGCUGCAGAGCCUGGUGUCCCGGGGCUGGGACGCCCGCACCGCCUGCCAGGCCCUGGGGGCGUGUGCGGCCGCGCUCAGUCCUCUCCAGUGUGUCCACAGCCCCCACUUCUGAGGAGAACUCAAAGCUGCGCCAGGAAGAGCAGUGGGUUGGGACAGGAGGCCUGGGUUCCGGUGCCAACUCUGUCAUCAACUGACCACUGGUCCCCAGCUAAGAUAUGCCACCCCCUCACUGGUCCUCAUUCUCCUCAGUGGCAAAGGGGAGCCAAGUGAGGCCCAGUGAGGCCAUCUCCAGGACUCCAGAGUCUCCCACAUGACGACUCCUCAAGCUCCCUGCCCCCACUGAAAAGAAGCCUUCACUCUUCCCCUUCUCCUUUCCUCAAAAGGACCUCAAGCUGGUGGACCACGCGCCUGUAACUUGUGCCUUCAGUCCUGUCCGUCUCGUACAUCCUAUCUGUAAAUAUAGCCCCAAACCAAAGCCACUUCCAUCCUCUUUGGGUGUGACACGCGGCCAGAGCAGCAUAUUCUGCAGGUUGUCUGUGAGAACCGGCUCCAGCCCUGUCACCCCACCGCAGCCAGCCCAAUUCCCAUAGAUGCCCCCGAGCUGGGCCGCGGUCCUUCCCCAGCUCCUAGAGGGCGGGGGGGUAGAAGCUGGGCCCUGCCUCCCUCGAUCUCCAUGUAGGAAAGACACUCGGUUUUACAAUUAUUUUGCUAACACUUUCACAAAAUUCAAACUUCAGAAGAAUAAAAAAUGAGAACAUAAAGUACCAUAAAAGAUGGACAUGAAAUCUUUAAAUGCUUUUUUUUAAAAUUCAGGACAUACCUGGCGCGGUCAGGGGCUCAAGCGUGGUGGGCAGGUCACUGAGCAAACUUUCAGAUUUGAAAUGUUCUGCUGCUUAAGAGCUGUUGCUUUGUUGAGAUGUAAAGAGGGGUUUUCUUUUUUGUCUUUUUGUAAAGUGAACUUCCAACUUUUGUUUGAAAUUGCAGGCUGAUUCGCUUUCUGCUAUGAUUUAUCUCCUCAAAGCUCAUUUGGGGUUGUGCACGUGAAGGAUCAGUCCCUAUGUAAUACAACGCCUGUAACAAUGCUUACAAAGUCCUAUUUCCUUGGACUAAAAAGCAAAGGACGCUAUCCUUUAAGAUGCU